AUGUUUACCCUGGUUGCCACAGUCUUGCUAGCUGCUAACCACAAGACCCAAGCUGAGACGGCCAUUUGUAUGCAGUCCCCUGAUGAGAGGCUCUGGUGCCGUGGCCCGUCCCUGUGGAGCCUUAUCUCUGAACAUGUUCCCGGGUCGGAGUUGUCAAAGAUCCACAUGGCACUGGGCCACUUCCUGGUGGACAUGUACACAGAAGUGCACACUGAGGCGGAGAUUUGGUACACGAUGUGGCAGGAGAGCCAGCGAGGCGGAGGCCAUGGCAGCAGGGCAGGAACCCCGCUCCCACGUCAGCAGGGCUCCCCCCUGGCUGACCCCCCCGCCGUCAAAGAGCUGCUGAGGGCCGAGGUCAAGAUGUUACUACUGAUGCUCAGAGAAAGAGCCGGCAGGGAGGGAAGAGCCGGGGAGGAUCUCCUGUUUCGGUACAGACCUGAGACUGUAAGCUACGCCCUCGGUCACCUCGACAGACGGUACAGUGACUGUAUGAGCCCUGGAGACACUGACAACGGAAGCAGACCCAGCUCCGGCUGCUCAGUCCAGUCCAGCGCUGAAGACGAGAUAGAGGCAGUGAGAGACAAGCUGAAUGUCACUGACAUUGACCGAGUGGUGGACCGCCUCAGGGCUGUGCUAAUGGAGGAGUGUGAAGUGUUGAAGAGACUGGUGCAGGAUUUGAAGAAAAAUAUUAAACACAAGUUCAGGAGUAGAAGUGAACUUGAGAAAUCCGAACCUUCACUCACAGAGUUGAGAGAGUUAAGAGGUGAAAUCCAAAUGGACUUGGAGCUUUACCCCUCUUCACUUGGCGCUUCAUCCCCGGACCCGCCAUCUCUCCCUGUGAAGGAACUGAAAACAAGGUUCAGACGGUCAACAGGACGAAAGGCCUCUGAUGAGACUCUACAAGCGUUCCACUCUGCAUCAGUCCCGAGACCACAUCCACCUGCCUCACUGUGCCAGCCCAGGCCCCCAGCCGGACCUCCUCCCAGUAAGACUUCUGCGUCCAGGACUCAUGGAAGCACAUCAGCCUCCAAUGUGUCAAGCAGGUCACCUAUCUGCCUCAAAAUCACGACUUCCAAGCACAUGAACAGUCACUUCACCAGCGACGUGACAACAAUUAGGAGCGACCCCCACCCCCAUCUUUCUCCAGAGCAGCACAGAGCUGGUGUCCACUGCAGGCCCCCGACUUCUAGUCCUAUUUUCAGAAUAAAAGCUGAGAGGAACUCCCCUGUGCAUGAAGUCCAUCUUCCAUCCCAUCGCAGCCUGAGCAGAGAGGAGGAUUUACCACAGAAGGAGAGGAGGAGCAGCUCAAGACACAUCAGUGUUACCCCCUCACACAUUCCAGCACUCAGCCCUGUGAGUGAUGCAGGCAGUCCCCACAACAGCAGGACUGUCCAGGCUGGGUCAUUAUUGGGGAGAUCAGAGACUCAAAAUGGCCAAAGGAAAAGUAGCUGUGGGGCUGGUGCAGUGUCAGCAGAUGAUGAAGAGAGAAGGGAGAGGAGUUUUUAUUCUUCAGUCAUGUCUGAAACUGGGAGCCGUCCAGCAAGAAACGGCGACAUAAAGAGCAACAGUCGAAUUGAUAGAUAUAAAAUCUGUAAUCUUGAGAAGGGAAUCACGCCUGGUAACCAUCAUUUGACAGCUCACUCCUCAAGUCAUUCAGAAAGCAACUGUGAACAAGGACAGAUCAGAGCAGCCAUUCAGCCGGCGUCUGUACAGUUAGAGGGGGAAAUCUUUACUUUCCCCAAAAGACCACUCGGAGGCGCCACAUGUCAACCAGCGAGUGUGGAGGAGCCACAGACAGAGCCGGUUAUCAACAGGUUUCACCAGCCAGCUCCUCCUUCAAGAGUGUCAACAUGA